CCUUUAUAAAAUGACCCCUCCACUUCUCAAAAUUCCUCUCUUUUCUCCCUUCUCUUCUCAGCUCCUCCUCUCCAUUAGAUCUUCAAAACCCAUUAAGGGUUUGUUUCCUACUGAUUAUCUGUUCAGUUUCUUUCAAAAUUUAUGCUUUUUUUGUUGCUCACUUUAUAGUUUUUUGUUGGUAGUGUGAUAAUCUUGAUUUUCAGAUUAUUGCUUUUACUGGGUUGUUGUAAUUCUCAAAGUUAAGAUGCAACAAGAUCAUCAUCACAAAAAGAAUACCAAAGAAGUGGAGUUUUUUACAGAGUAUGGAGAUGCAACUAGGUAUAAAAUUCUGGAAGUAAUCGGGAAGGGAAGUUAUGGAGUUGUAUGUGCUGCUAUCGACACCCAUACCGGAGAAAAAGUGGCAAUAAAGAAAAUAACUGAUAUUUUCGAGCACACGUCUGAUGCAAUUCGAAUUUUGCGUGAAAUUAAAUUGCUUAGACUUUUAAGGCAUCCUGAUAUCGUGGACAUUAAGCGAAUCAUGUUACCACCUUCAAGACGAGACUUCAGAGAUAUUUACGUUGUUUUUGAGCUUAUGGAAUCUGAUCUUCACCAUGUCAUUAAAGCUAAUGAUGACUUGACACAUGAACACCAUCGCUUUUUCCUAUAUCAGAUGCUACGGGCACUGAAGUAUAUGCACACAGCAAAUGUCUACCAUCGAGAUCUUAAGCCAAAAAACAUAUUGGCAAAUGCAAAUUGUAAACUCAAAAUAUGUGACCUUGGAUUGGCAAGGGUUGCAUUCAGUGAUACUCCAACCACAGUACUUUGGACGGAUUAUGUUGCUACAAGGUGGUACAGGGCUCCUGAAUUAUGUGGAUCUUUCUUUUCCAAGUAUACACCUGCUAUUGAUAUUUGGAGUAUUGGCUGCAUUUUCGCAGAGGUACUAACAGGAAAACCAUUGUUCCCCGGAAAAAGUAUUGUUCAUCAGUUAGAUUUGAUGACUGAUCUUCUUGGUACGCCGCCAGCUGAUACAAUAUCUGGGGUUCGUAAUGAGAAGGCAAGAAAGUAUUUGAAUAGCAUGCGGAAAAAGAACCCAGUUCCUUUUACUGAGAAAUUUCCAGAUGCAGAUCCGUUGGUGCUCCUACUAUUGCAGAGGUUGUUAGCAUUUGAUCCAAAGGACCGACCAACUGCUGAAGAGGCUUUAUCCGAUCCUUAUUUCAAGGGACUGGCCAAGAUUGAGAGGGAACCUUCUUGUCGACCAAUCUCGAAUCUGGAAUUUGAAUUUGAGAAGCGAAGGGUAACAAAGGAGGAUAUUAAGGAACUAAUUUAUCGAGAGAUAUUGGAAUAUCAUCCUCAACUUCAGAAGGAUUACAUAGCUGGAAAUGAUGGCACCAACUUUCUCUAUCCUAGUGCAAGUGGUCAGUUCAGAAGGCAAUUUGCUUAUCUUGAGGAAAAUAGUGGUAAAAGUGGGCCAGUUAUUCCUCUUGGUAGAAAGCAUGUCUCUCUCCCACG